AUUCUAAAAGUUUCCUAGAAUGAAUUUAAUAACCAUAUAUAAACUUUUUAUGGAGGAGUCUUCGCAGAUUGUUUGUCAAUUUUUUGCUUAUUUUGGCGCAAUAUUUAACUACAAAACUAUUCAAAAUACAAUGUUUAUCAUUUACAACGUGAAUUUGCUCCUGAGCAUAAAAACAUUUGGUGUUAAGGAACUACUUACCACAUACUUUUAUUAAAUAACAGCCACAAUUAUAAAAUUAUAAGAUAUAUCACGUGUAUGUGACAUAUCUGUAUGUAUAUAGUGGUUAUGCAUAAAAAAGCAGCAUUGUUAAUUUUUUAAUAAUUAACGCAAUUUAUUCAUAAUAUGUAAUAACAAACUAUAUAUAGUAUAGUAGUCAUGGAAGAAUCUGAAGAUUUUCUAGCAUCCCAUUUGGAGCAUGGUUUAAGAAUGUAAAAUUGAAGUACAGAAAGAAUUUUACAAUUCUUUGUAAAUAAAUUAAAUUCCUCUUAAAAUUACGCAUAGUAAGCUUUUUCGUUUCUACUUUCCAUAAUAGAAAUUUCUAAUUUUCAUUAAAAAAUAUACAUUUUAAUUGAAAUUUUGCUUAUCACUUCAUUUAUCUGAAUUCUUAAUAAUUUUAAUUGAUCGGCUGUCAUGUCUAAAUAUGUUCAAAGAGUCGACCAUUGAAUUUCUUUAACGUAGUAGUACUAUUGAAAAAUUGUCCGUAAUUUGCUUUAAACACUGAAUAUAUUUCUACUUGUGAUUUCGUUUUUUUUUUUCAUAAAGUACAUAAAGUAAGGGUAAGUAAUAUUGCUUUUAAUUUUACCCCCCUAGAAUUAUACAGAUCAUGUUAAAGCUAAGUCUGAGUAAGGUUCAACUACCGCAAUGCAAAAUUGUUGUUGUUGUAGCGACAAAAAUGCAUAAUUGGUCAAAAGAUGGUGCUUAAAAUGUUGUUAAAGUAUCAAAAUUUUGACGCUCCAUAAAGUGCAAAAAUUUUCGUGCUAUAAGGUGAUAAUAACAUUUAAUCUAAAGAUUCUGUAACAUAAAUAUUAAUAAAAUAAACAAAUGUCAAGCUUGCGAAACUUAUACGAGAACAAAUAAAAAUAUGUGUUGGGUAUAAAACCACAAUUAUUAAUUUUCUAUUUUUUAAAUCAUAUUUAUUCAAUUGUUUUUUUGACAUAACUGUCAAAAAUUAAAUUCUAUUUCAAUGUGGCCAGUCAGUUGCGAUCAAAAUUAUUCUUCACGUAAUGCCGAACCCCGCACCAACAUCUUAUCGGGCAAUACAGGGCUUCGCUUGUUAUUUAUGUGCAGUGUUGCUGUUUACUUUCUAUAUAUUUUGGGUUCUUGCGCCGUUGAAGCAUCUGGGGUUUAAAAAUUUUCCAUACAAAUAUUUAGUAUUAUGCAUGAUCAAUGUGGUGUCGUAUCUUUUGGUUAUGAUUUAUUAUGUUUUUUAUCCUGCAAUUAAUUUGGCAAUGACCCCGAACGUCGAUGAAAUAUCGGCAAUCAUAGACGCAAAACUAUUAACACGUAACAAUGAAUUGGAAAAUGUAAUUAAUUGGAACACAAUAAAAUAUUUAGAAAAUGUGCAACGACAACAAUCGAAGGAAAUAUCGUUAGAAAACAAAAUUAUGGAAAAUUGUCGUUGCUGUAAGGAAGCGCAACACGAGGUGAAUGUGACCACAACAAUACCAACGCUGUAUCACAUCGACGUGGCUGAAAUUAAUCGUUUAGUAUAUGAUUAGCUUAUAAUUAAAGAAUGUCACUAGCCGUAGAGUAAACAUAUGUUUUUAGUUAUGUACGUACAUACACAUAAAAUUUGUAAUAAAUAAUAGGAGAAACAUAUUUGAUUUUGAAACUAGGC